CAGUUUGACAGUAAUGGUUCGUCACGUCAGAUCGUCAAGUUUUGGGUAGAUUGAUAAACUUUAUUUUUAUCGUCAAUUUGUGAUUAGAUUAGUUCCUUCAAACCUUAUCUUUACUAACUGUGCCUUCUUUACUUAGACUUUCGCAUAUAACCCACUUCUAUAAAACUCCCAAUGUGAAUGUAUCAAAAGCCCAACAAUGUUGUCCCGUUUCGUGGUUUCGCAAGUGAAGCACAAUUCGUACUUCCUGGUGGGGGUGGUGAUCGGGCUGUGGGUGGCGCUGGCCGCGAUUCCACUGGAGGAGGAGGUGGCGGCGUGCGCGGAGGCGAGCACGGCGGCGCUGAGCGACGAGUUCGAGCCGCAUCGCGAGGAGAAGCCCUUAGGGCCCGCGGGCCCGGCGGCGGGCCGCAGCGUGCAGCGCCCGCGCUACUACAGCACCGAGCUGGGCAUGAGAGGGUCUUUACUUGCUGGGGUGUUAAGCUCAGAAGAUGCCUUGGAUUCAAGAGUGGCUGCUCUCAACCAAACCGCUGCCCGUCUCCAACCUGCAUUCCGAGUAUUCAUCGCAGCAUCCAGCGUUCAGGCCGCCCCCGGGCGCGCUAAUGUCGUGGGCUUCACUGACACUCGGGAAAUGCUCAAACCAUUCCAUGCUCUGAAAUAUCUGGCUGACAAUUACCUCGAAGAGUAUAAUUUCUUUUUCUUGGUGUCGGACACAUCAUUUGUUAACGCCCGGAGGCUGUCCGAGCUUGUGUCCAAGCUGAGCGUCAGUCAGGAUGUCUACAUGGGCACAAUCGCAGAAGAUGACAGCCACUACUGUACCCUAGAGGGCGGCAUCCUGCUGUCGAACUCGGUGCUACGCGCGGUGCACGGCGAGCUGGACUGGUGCGUGCGCAACUCGUACUCGCCGCGCCACCACGAGAACAUCGGCCGCUGCGUGCUGCACGCCGCGCACCAGCGCUGCACGACUGCGCUGCAGGGUGAGAGCUACUCGUCGGCGCGGCUGGAGGAAGGCGGCGCUUUAACGCCGGCGCUGGCGGACGCGGUUACCACCCACCCGGUGUCCGAGCCCGCUUUGUUCUACCGCCUGCACGCCUACGUCUCCAGGGUGUUCCUGGAGCGCGACCGGGCCUCAGUGGCGCGGCUGCGGGCGCAGCUGGUGCACACGGCCGCCCGCCACCCGCGCGGCUACCGCAACGCCACCUGGCCCGCCGGCCUGCGCGCCGACCCCGGGCUCGCCGCGCCGCCGCCCGACUCCAGGUCACACAUACAGGGUGCUCCCGGGGCGCGACCGGCCCGAGAGGGUGGCAUCCUGCUGUCGAACUCGGUGCUACGCGCGGUGCACGGCGAGCUGGACUGGUGCGUGCGCAACUCGUACUCGCCGCGCCACCACGAGAACAUCGGCCGCUGCGUGCUGCACGCCGCGCACCAGCGCUGCACGACCGCGCUGCAGGGUGAGAGUUACUCGUCGGCGCGGCUAGAGGAAGGCGGCUCUUUAACGCCGGCGCUGGCGGACGCGGUCACCACCCACCCGGUGUCCGAGCCCGCUUUGUUCUACCGCUUGCACGCCUACGUCUCCAGGGUGUUCCUGGAGCGGGAUCGAGCCUCAGUGGCGCGACUGCGGGCGCAGCUGGUGCACACGGCCGCCCGCCACCCGCGCGGCUACCGCAACGCCACCUGGCCCGCCGGCCUGCGCGCCGACCCCGGGCUCGCCGCGCCGCCGCCCGACUCCAGGUUCGACCACCUGCGCUGGACGCUGUUCAACGAGUCGCACGCGUUCAUGCCGGACGACCACCGCGCUGUUGGCCUCAUCACCGGCGCCACCAAGGAAGCACUAGAGCUGGUACUGCGCACGGCGCGCGCGUGGGCAUUAAACCGCUGGCCUGAAGCGGAGGACGUUCGUCUUUUGGAGGGCGCGUGGCGCUGGGAGCCGCCCUACGCGCUGCGCUACCGGCUGCUGCUGCACGCGCCGCCCAAGCAGCCCGCCCAGGCCGCGCCGGUGAGUCGCAUUCUGUCCUUGCAUGUAGACUGGCCCGAGGCGGAGGACGUGCGUCUCCUGGAGGGCGCGUGGCGCUGGGAGCCGCCCUACGCGCUGCGCUACCGGCUGCUGCUGCACGCGCCGCCCAAGCAGCCCGCCCAGGCCGCGCCGGUGAGUCGCAUUCUGUCCUUGCAUGUAGACUGGCCCGAGGCGGAGGACGUGCGUCUCCUGGAGGGCGCGUGGCGCUGGGAGCCGCCCUACGCGCUGCGCUACCGGCUGCUGCUGCACGCGCCGCCCAAGCAGCCCGCCCAGGCCGCGCCGGUGAGUCGCAUUCUGUCCUUGCAUGUAGACUGGCCCGAGGCGGAGGACGUGCGUCUCCUGGAGGGCGCGUGGCGCUGGGAGCCGCCCUACGCGCUGCGCUACCGGCUGCUGCUGCACGCGCCGCCCAAGCAGCCCGCCCAGGCCGCGCCGAGCAUCCGCAGCUUGGAAGUGGUGCGCGGUCUGGGCGCGGCGCGGCUGGCGGCGGCGCCCUACGUCACGGAGGCGGCGCGCGUCACGCUGCUGCUGCCGCUGGACGCGCGCGCGCAGCCCGACCUGCCCGCCUUCCUGCGCCGCCUGGAGCCCGUGUGUCUCGCGCAGGACAAGAACACACAGCUCGUUGUGGUGAGUCACUGCAGCGUCCGCAGCGUGGAGGCGGCGGCGCCCUACGUCACGGAGGCGGCGCGCGUCACGCUGCUGCUGCCGCUGGACGCGCGCGCGCAGCCCGACCUGCCCGCCUUCCUGCGCCGCCUGGAGCCCGUGUGUCUCGCGCAGGACAAGAACACACAGCUCGUUGUGGUGAGUCACUGCAGCGUCCGCAGCGUGGAGGCGGCGGCGCCCUACGUCACGGAGGCGGCGCGCGUCACGCUGCUGCUGCCGCUGGACGCGCGCGCGCAGCCCGACCUGCCCGCCUUCCUGCGCCGCCUGGAGCCCGUGUGUCUCGCGCAGGACAAGAACACACAGCUCGUUGUGGUGAGUCACUGCAGCGUCCGCAGCGUGGAGGCGGCGGCGCCCUACGUCACGGAGGCGGCGCGCGUCACGCUGCUGCUGCCGCUGGACGCGCGCGCGCAGCCCGACCUGCCCGCCUUCCUGCGCCGCCUGGAGCCCGUGUGUCUCGCGCAGGACAAGAACACACAGCUCGUUGUGGUGAGUCACUGCAGCGUCCGCAGCGUGGAGGCGGCGGCGCCCUACGUCACGGAGGCGGCGCGCGUCACGCUGCUGCUGCCGCUGGACGCGCGCGCGCAGCCCGACCUGCCCGCCUUCCUGCGCCGCCUGGAGCCCGUGUGUCUCGCGCAGGACAAGAACACACAGCUCGUUGUGGUGAGUCACUGCAGCGUCCGCAGCGUGGAGGCGGCGGCGCCCUACGUCACGGAGGCGGCGCGCGUCACGCUGCUGCUGCCGCUGGACGCGCGCGCGCAGCCCGACCUGCCCGCCUUCCUGCGCCGCCUGGAGCCCGUGUGUCUCGCGCAGGACAAGAACACACAGCUCGUUGUGGUGAGUCACUGCAGCGUCCGCAGCGUGGAGGCGGCGGCGCCCUACGUCACGGAGGCGGCGCGCGUCACGCUGCUGCUGCCGCUGGACGCGCGCGCGCAGCCCGACCUGCCCGCCUUCCUGCGCCGCCUGGAGCCCGUGUGUCUCGCGCAGGACAAGAACACACAGCUCGUUGUGGUGGUGAUCCGCGCGCCGGGCGAGGACGAGUCGGCGCUGGAGGCGACGCGCGCGGCGCUGGACGUGUUAAGCGCGCGGCACCGCGGCGCCUCGCUGCAGGCCGUGGGCGCCGCGCUGGCGCCCGCCGCGCUGCCCGACCACGAGUGGGCGCAGCGCCUGCAGAAGGUGGCGUUGAGCAUGGCGCUGCCGCGACUGUCGAAGGACACGCUGAUUUUGCUCUCUGUGCCGCACAUGGAAUUUAAUCAAGAUUUCUUGAACAGGGUCCGCAUGAACACGAUCGCGGGCUGGCAGUGGUACUGGGCGCUGCCGUUCGCGCGCUACGCGCAGUACGCGCACCCGCGCUUCCUCGACGAGCGCGGCGCGCGCCCGCAGCAACAUACCGGACGCUUCGCGACCCGAGGCGCCGUCCUCGCCUUCUACCGCCGCGACUGGGACGCGGCCCUGGCGGCGUGGUCGGGCAGCUCGGAAGCGCCGGUGGUGGAGGUGCUGGCGGGCGCCGAGCUGCGCUGCCUGCGCGCGCCCGACCCUGCGCUCGUGCUCGCGCCCCGCCCGCCGCCCUGCCGCCUGUCCGCGUCCGGGCCGUCCGGGGCCGCGUCCGGGCCGUCCGGCGCCGACACGGAGACGUGCCUGCGGGCGCAAAGCGCGUCCGGCUUCGCGCAGCUGGAGCUGGGCGACCGCCACGCGCUCGCCAAGCUGCUGCUCGAGGAGCGCGCCGCCGUGCACACCUAACGGCACGUUGCAUUACGAUAGUACGAAUUAAAGCCUAGCGUUUGCUUUGUGAUUUGUAUUGAAUUUAGUCAAUAUUUUAUACUGACGAUAUGAUGUUAAAAUGUUAUGAUCCCACUUAUAUUCACGGGAGAUAAUAAAUCGUAUUAAAAUCACUGG